AUGUCGAACAACAAUAUCGUACAGUCUGCUUCAACUACCACGCAAAGUCCUCGCAGCCGACUGCUUGAGCUUCCAAACGAGAUUCUCCAGGAAAUUGCAUGUUGUUUGCCCAGUGAUCGUGAUGUCCUCCAUCUCUCCCAGUCUUGCAAAGAGAUGUGGGCCAAAGUCUUUGAAUAUGAGUCCGCCAUAUGGCGAGAUCGCUUCGCGAAACACUAUGACUUGGCCCCAGGAAAACCUUCCAGGGACUUGAUGUUUGAAUACCAGAUCCGCGCCAUUGUGUUGAGCGCUCCGAUCCAAUUCAAGGAAGAAGAGGAUGAUCGCCAAUACCUCUGGAUGGAGGUCAUUCAGAACAUGCUCGAAGAAUCUCUGAAACUACCCAUCGCUCUUGGAGAGACCUCAAAGACCCUGCAACGCAUCCGCGAAACCCUAAAGGGAGUGGAUUUCCUAAGCGAAUUUCAAAAAGAAAGAACGUCCUCGCAACUCUUUUAUGCUCUCCAGCUGUGCUUGACUUCGUUUGCUCUCGACCCAGCUAUUACCGAACCUUGUCGUCGAACCGACUACGACAUCAGACAAGUUUACUCGUAUGAAGAAAGGGUGGGCGAGGCAUUCAUUGACCACGAUGACCUUGAUCUUGCCAAACUGCUGAAUUUGCGCAAUUUCUGGCAACGUCACUUUUUGAAUGCAUCCGAGCUUACCUAUCAAGAAUCAUUCUCUGGGCUGCCGGCAGAGCUGAAACCCAAGAUACGGAAGGAUAAUCCAACCGAGACAUCUGAACUAAGCACAUCGUGGCUGGGAUAUUACUCAUGCAUGCACCCGCUGUCGGACCUGCAAAUGAUCAACGAGCGCCAGACAUGCGCUGAUCUUGAGACACAUGGCGACUCAAUCGAUAUAAUGACCCUCGACCUCCAACCCUCCUCCGAUCAGUUCUGGCCCGAGCAAUGCAGAAAGAUCAUCCCUCUUGCUAGUGAACCUGACACCAAGCGGACAUAUUUUGAUGAGCUUAUGGGGGGUGGCUAUGAGGCAGGCAACCAUGUGUUCGGGUUUACUGAAGAGAUUGCUGUCCCCCACGGUGGUUUUGAGGGAUGGGCCCGGAUCUGUUUCAUCAUCGUCGAGGCAGAUGAGGAGGAAUCAAAUGAGGAGGAAGAGGAGAUGCCUUCUUCCACUGUGAUGGACGGCGAGGGCUGGAUCCAUGGAUAUGAGGCUAUCGUUAUUCCUGGUGGGCGCUUGAUGCUGGGACGAUGGGUGGAUAUGAAGGAGCCAGAGGCCAGAGGCCCAUUCAUCUUCUGGGACGUGUGA